CAUAAUAAACAAAUUUUUAAAUUUUUGUCAUUACAAUCUGAUUGAAUGAUUUAAUAAUUUUCAUGUUAUAAAAUUAACUUUGUUGUUUGCUAUAAAAAAGAAACUGAAAAGGUAUAAGUAUGUUUUGGCUGUACCAAUCAACUUUAAUAUUGGCAUCAUGCGUCUUUUCUGUUAUGACAUUUGAUAUGUGGAAGAUAAUUGAAACGGAAAACGAAUUUAAGGUUCCUGAAAAGAAAGGAAACUUUUCAACUCAAUUUGAUUCAAUUCGUCCAAAGUUAUUUAAUGGCGAUAUUCUUAGAGAUGUCAGCAAACCACAAAACUCACCAGAUGAAAUGCAAGCUCCUUUCACCUGGCACCAAAGUUUAUGGGUUAAUAGAGAAAUUCCUUAUGAAAUCACAAGUUCUUUAACAGAUUCAACUGCCACUAUACUCGCUUCAUUAAAAAAAAUUUCAGAUGUGACAUGUUUAAGUUUUCCUGAAAAGAAAUCUACUGAUAAUAAUUGGAUUCAAUUUUUUCGAGGACAAGGAUGUUAUUCUGGCAUUGGUCGAAAGUAUUGGUCACAGAAAGAAACAGGGAUAUCAUUAGGCCAAAACUGUGUGCACCCAUCAAUUAUUGUUCAUGAAGUAUUGCAUGCUGCAGGAUUUUAUCAUGAGCAGAGUCGUUUUGACAGGGAUUCGUAUGUAAAAAUUUACACAGACAGAGUGAUACCAUCCAUGUUGGAUAAUUUUGAUAAAACUUCUGAAGUAGAUUCAAACACAAUGAAGACAGGUUAUGACUUAAAAAGUAUCAUGCAUUAUAGCCAAAGAUCGUUUGCUAAAGCGCCAGAUGGAAAAAACACGAUUGAGAAUAAAUUUGAUCCCAACUUUGAACUUGGAAAUACUGAACUUUCAAACACUGAUAUUAAAGAAAUCAAUGCACUAUAUCAAUGCCAUAUUAAAUCGGGGUGGAGUGAAUGGUCUGACUGGUCUGAUUGUGUACUGGAUUGGAGAAAACAAUGUACUAAAGCUAUUGUGCGAUUUUGUGUAUCUAAAGAUAUCAGUAAGUGUCCUGGAGUAAAUAGUUAUGGAACACAAGAUAUAGUCAAAGUUUGUGGAAUCCAAGAAUGCAAAGAGCAGAAGAUUGAUGGAAUUUGGGGAGCUUGGGGUUCUUAUUCUGCAUGCUCAGGAUCUUGUGGAUGGGGGAAACAAGUCAGAUAUCGUGAAUGUAAUAAUCCUACUCCAAUGUUUGGUGGUAAAAAUUGCUCUGGCAGUAAUCAAGAAUAUUUUCUUUGCCGCAAUACUAGAUGUAAUGGUGCCAGUCCUUUUGAUCUUAAUUUUGAAGAUAAAAACUUUCGCAAAUGGCAAUUUUCUGGAUUUGCCAUUAAUAGAAAUGAAAACAGCUUAACUGAGGGACCUUCUCGUGAUGUUACUUCAGUUAAUCAAGGAAAACCUUAUGGAUAUUAUGCAGUUGCAACAGGAAGUGAUAAUUCUCAGCAAUUCUUUAUAAAGAGUCCAAUAGUAACUAGUUUUAAAGGUGAAAAGUGUCUAAGUUUUUUUUUCAUGCUUAAUGGAGCUAAGCUACAUAUGACUGAAGCAUUAUCAGUUUAUAUAAUUGAAAACUCAAAACAAGAGAUUAUUUUUGUUACUGGAGGUCACCAGGGAAACUACUGGAACAGAGUUAGCAUUAACAUAAAAAAUAGAAUGCAACAAUUUCAAAUCAUGAUUCAAGCAAAGCAUAUGUAUGGUACAUCAUCUGUUGCUAUUGAUGACAUAUUUUUUGAUGAUAAUGCCUGUCCUGCAGGACUCUCAGGUUGUAAAGAUUUAAGUGAUAAAUGUCCGUCUCUUGUUUUAAAUGGUCAAUGUGAAAAAAAUUGGAGGGCAAUGCUUGCAGAAUGUUGUGCUUCUUGUUCAAGAAAAGUCGUACGUGGUAACUUAACUAACGGAAAUAAAAGUUUUGCUUGAAGUUUUAAUUUUAUGUAGAAAUACGUUUUAUAAAAUAUUUUAAUGCUAAAAA